AUGAUCAGAUUGUGAAAACCCAGACAAUGAGGAAUUCACCAUUCAUCAAGCCUCUUGAAAAUGAGAUCAGGGUUUGGGAGGAGCGUCUUCUUCGCAUUCAGGAAACCAUUGAUGAGUGGCUAAAGGUGCAGGCUCAGUGGCUCUACCUUGAGCCCAUCUUUUCUUCUCAGGACAUUAUGCAGCAAAUUCCAGAAGAAGGAAGACUCUUCCAAAUGGUUGACAAAACUUGGAAGGAUGUCAUGCGGCACUGUGUUAAGGACUCAAAGAUUCUUCAGGCGACGUCAAUGCCUAACCUACUAGAGAAACUAAUAGAGUCCAACUGCCACUUGGAGACCAUCAUGAAGGGACUAAAUGACUAUCUGGAGAAAAAGCGUCUCUUUUUUCCAAGGUUCUUCUUUCUGUCCAAUGAUGAAAUGCUGGAAAUUCUUUCUGAGACCAAGGAUCCACUGCGUGUACAACCCCAUCUGAGGAAGUGCUUUGAGGGUAUUGCCAAACUAGACUUCCUACCAAAUCUUGAUAUCCAGGCCAUGUACAGCAGUGAAGGAGAGCGUGUUGCGCUAAUUCAACUCAUCUCCACAGCUGAGGCCAAAGGAUCAGUGGAGAAGUGGCUGGUGCAAGUGGAAGAAUGGAUGAUUCGCAGUGUCAGGGAUGUAGUGGACCGCUCCAGGACGGCCUAUGCUGAAACGCCACGCAACCAGUGGGUCAAAGAGUGGCCCGGUCAGGUGGUGAUUUGUACCUCACAAAUGUUCUGGACCUUGGAAGUGCAUGAAGCUAUCAGGGGAGGAGCUCAGGGUGUGAAAAACUACUACCAGCAACUCCAGAAACAGCUGAAUGACAUUGUGGGGCUGGUGAGAGGAAAACUGCCCAAACAAACACGUAUUACUUUGGGAGCAUUGGUGACAAUUGAUGUCCAUGCCAGGGAUGUAGUCAUGGAGCUCAUUGAACACGGUGUGAUAAAUGAAAGCGAUUUCCGAUGGCUUGCCCAGCUUCGUUACUACUGGAACAACGACAAUGUUCGAGUUCGUAUUAUAAACUGUGAUGUUAAGUAUGCAUACGAGUACCUGGGGAACUCUUUUCGUCUGGUCAUCACUCCGCUGACUGACAGAUGCUACAGAACUCUGAUCGGUGCUUUUUUCCUCCACUUGGGUGGUGCACCCGAGGGUCCAGCUGGAACUGGAAAGACUGAAACCACCAAGGAUCUAGCCAAAGCCUUAGCUGUGCAAUGUGUGGUCUUCAACUGUUCCGAUGGACUAGAUUAUCUUGCUAUGGGCAAAUUUUUCAAAGGUUUGGCUUCAUCUGGAGCAUGGGCAUGCUUUGAUGAAUUCAACCGCAUUGAGCUUGAGGUCCUGUCUGUAGUGGCCCAGCAAGUACUCUGCAUCCAGAGGGCCAUCGAGAUGAAGUUGGAGUACUUUGACUUUGAAGGAACCAUGCUCAAACUCAAUCCCAACUGUUUUGUGUCCAUCACCAUGAACCCUGGUUAUGCAGGACGCUCUGAACUCCCUGACAACCUCAAGGUGUUGUUUCGAACAGUGACCAUGAUGGUCCCCAAUUAUGCACUGAUAGCAGAGAUCUCUCUGUAUUCAUAUGGAUUCCUCAAUGCCAAGCCUCUGUCAGUCAAGAUUGCAAUGACUUACAGGCUCUGUUCAGAGCAGCUCUCCUCACAGUUCCAUUAUGAUUAUGGCAUGAGAGCUGUCAAAGCUGUACUUGUGGCUGCAGGAAACCUCAAGCUCAAGUAUCCAGAUGAGAAUGAGGACAUAUUGCUUCUGAGGUCGAUAAAGGAUGUUAACGAGCCCAAGUUUCUCUCUCAUGAUAUUCCACUAUUCAAUGGAAUCACCAGCGAUUUGUUCCCUGGCAUCUCCCUCCCUGAGGCUGACUAUGAGUUGUUUUUGGAGGCUGCAACAGAGUGCUGUACAAAACACAAUGUACAGUCAACACAGAUCUUCAUAGAAAAGAUGAUCCAGACAUAUGAGAUGAUGAUAGUCCGGCAUGGUUUCAUGCUGGUGGGAGAGUCAUUUUCAGGUAAGACCAAAGUACUUCAUGUUCUAGCUGACACACUUAUUCUGAUGAACGAAAGAGGAUACGGAGAGGAAGAAAAGGUCAUCUUCAGGACUUUGAACCCAAAGUCCAUCACCAUGGGUCAGCUCUUUGGACAGUUUGAUCUUGUUUCUCACGAGUGGACAGAUGGGAUUGUGGCCAACACAUUUCGGGAGUAUGCAUCAUCUGAAACGCCAGAUCGUAAAUGGGUGGUGUUUGAUGGUCCCAUUGAUACACUAUGGAUUGAGAGUAUGAACACUGUACUGGAUGACAACAAAAAGUUAUGUCUAAUGAGUGGAGAAAUUAUCCAGAUGUCCAAUCAGAUGAGUCUGAUUUUUGAAGCAAUGGAUCUGUCACAGGCCUCUCCGGCCACAGUCAGUCGAUGUGGUAUGAUCUACAUGGAACCAUCUCAGUUGGGCUGGGAGCCUUUAGUGAUCUCCUGGAUGAACACACUUCCUGAGGUUCUGCAGAGUCCUAACAAUAACAGCCUGCUGCAAGAACUCUUCUACUGGCUGAUGCCACCUACCUUCAGGAUUCUGCGUAAAAACUGCAGAGAAGUUGUCCCAACAACUAACUGGAACACAACAGUAUCAUUAUGUAGACUGUUUGAGAUGCUGCUAACUGAACCCCUAGAGACGGAGACGGGAGAUAAAAUUAUUCGCACUUGGAUCAUGGCAGCCUUUACCUUUUCGUUGGUGUGGUCAGUGGGUGGCAGCUGUGAUUCAAACAGCCGGGAGAAGUUUAGCGAGUUCUUCAGGGAUAUUGUGUCUGGAAAAAUAGGGGAACAUCCAGUUCCUGAUGUUGUGGGGAAAUGGGAAUGCCCAGUAGAUGAGAAAGGCUUGGUGUAUGACUAUUUCUAUGAGUUUAAAGGAAAAGGAAAAUGGGUUCACUGGAAUGAUGCCAUCAAAAAUGUCAGCCUGGGAGACAAAAACACCAAAGUGCAGGAUAUCAUUGUUCCCACCAUAGACUCAGUUCGCUACACCUACCUAAUGGACAUUUGCAUCACCAAUGGCGUGCCUUUGCUGUUGGCUGGCCCUACUGGCACUGGAAAGUCUGUGUAUGUGAUGGAGAUGUUGAUGAACAGUCUGGACAAUGACCUAUUUUUACCCCUUAUAGUCAAUUUUUCGGCCCGCACCACUGCCAACCAAACACAGAACAUCAUCAUGGCCAAAUUAGAUAAGAGACGGAAGGGUGUGUUUGGCCCCCCCGUGGGAAAAAAAUAUGUCAUAUUUAUAGAUGAUGUGAAUAUGCCAGCACUGGAACAGUUUGGAGCUCAGCCUCCCGUGGAGCUUCUUCGACAGUUUAUGGAUCACAAAAAGUGGUAUGACCUGAAAGAUACUUCUGGCAUCAAAUUAGUUGACAUCCAGCUUAUCUCAGCCAUGGGUCCUCCUGGUGGAGGAAGGAAUGCUGUGACAUCCCGUUUCCUGCGUCACUUCAACAUUUUUAGCAUCAAUUCUUUUAGUGAUGAGACUAUGGUUCGCAUCUUUUCCAUCAUGGUGGCGUUCUAUCUCAAAAACAAUGACUUUCCGCCGGAAUAUUUCACUAUCGGCAGCCAAAUAGUGACAGCCACCAUGGAAGUUUACAAGAAAGCCAUGGAGAACUUGCUUCCGACGCCAGCCAAGUCUCACUACACUUUUAACCUGCGGGACUUCUCUCGUGUUAUCCAAGGCUGCCUGCUUUUGAAAAGCAAAUCUCUGGAGAACAAACGCACUAUGAUUCGCUUGUUUGUCCAUGAGGUCUUCCGCGUCUUCUAUGACCGUCUGGUGGAUGAUAAGGAUCGAGCAUGGUUCUAUCAGCUGAUGAACACCAUCCUCAAAGAUCACUUCAAGGAAGCCUUUAACCAAUUGGUGGAGCAAGACCUGCAGAUUCUACUGUUUGGAGACUAUAUGAACCCUGACAUGGAGCCUGAAGAGCGCCUGUAUGCUGAAGUGCCUUCCGUAGAGAGCUUUGCUGAGGUGGUGGAGGCAUGUCUUGUUGAAUAUAACCAGAUGAACAAGAGCCGCAUGAAUCUUGUCAUUUUCCGCUAUGUCUUGGAGCACCUGUCCCGCAUAAGCCGUGUGUUGAAGCAGCCAGGAGGGAACGCUCUGCUCGUAGGAGUGGGAGGCAGUGGACGCCAGUCCAUCACUCGAUUGGCCACAUUCAUUGCCCAGAUGACGCUCUUCCAGCCUGAGAUCUCAAAGUGCUACGGCAUGGUUGAGUGGAGAGAUGACCUCAAGAAACUGCUCAAGAAUGCUGGGGUGAAAGGUCAAAGAAUAGUUUUUUUGCUCACUGAUACCCAGAUCAAAGACGAAGCUUUUCUAGAAGAUAUAAACAGUGUCCUGAACACAGGAGAAGUGCCCAAUAUGUUUGCCAUGGAUGAGAAACAGGAAAUCAUUGAGACAGUACGCCCCAUUGCCCAAGCAAAGAAUAGGAGUGUAGAAUUGAGCUCUUUGACUCUGUUCUCCUUCUUCGUGGCACGCUGCAAGCAGAACCUUCACAUCGUAGUGGCCUUCAGUCCGAUUGGUGAAGCCUUUCGUAAUCGUCUGCGGCAAUUUCCUUCUCUUAUUAACUGUUGCACCAUUAAUUGGUUCCAGCCAUGGCCAGAGGAGGCUCUAGAGCGGGUAGCCAACUCUUUCCUGCAGCCGCUAGGGAUGAAAGAGAAUGAGCAGAAGGAAGUCGUACCAAUCUGCAAAACCUUUCACACCUCUGCCAGCCAGCUUUCACAGAGAUUUCUCACUGAGCUUGGUCGGCAUAAUUAUGUUACUCCGACAUCCUAUCUGGAGCUGAUGGCAGCUUUCAGUCAGCUCCUCACGAUGAAAAGAGACGCAGUCAUGAAGGCAAAAAGGAGAUACACAAACGGUCUAGAAAAACUAGCUUUUGCUGAAUCUCAGGUUGGCGAGAUGAAAGUGGAGCUGGUGGAAUUGCAGCCCAAACUAGAAGAGGCACAGAUUGAAAAUGACAGAAUGAUGAAGGUGAUAGCAGUGGAGUCUGUUGAGGUGGAAGCUACAAGUAAACUUGUGCGUGUGGAAGAGGAGGCCACAGCUAUUCAAGCCGCUGAAGCUCAAGCACUGAAGGAUGAGUGUGAUAGUGAAUUGGCUGAGGCCAUCCCUGCCCUGGAGGAGGCAACUGCAGCCUUGAACACCUUAAAGCCUGCUGACAUCACCGUUGUGAAGUCCAUGAAAAACCCUCCCUCAGGAGUGAAACUGGUGAUGUCAGCUGUGUGCGUCAUGAUGGGAAAAACACCAGAUAAGAUUGCAGAUCCUGCUGGGUCGGGAAAAAAGAUAUUUGACUACUGGGGUCCAAGCAAGAAGCUUUUGGGUGAUAUGAACUUUUUACGGGAUCUUAAAGAAUAUGACAAAGACAAUAUUGCUGAGGAAGCGAUAGCAAAAAUUCGUUCUACCUACAUGACCGAUCCUCAAUUCAGCCCUGCUGCGGUGGCAAAAGCCUCCUCAGCAGCAGAGGGCCUAUGCAAGUGGAUCAAAGCAAUGGAGUCAUACGACAGGGUGGUGAAGAUCGUGGCUCCCAAAAAGGCCAAACAGGCUGAGGCCCAGGAGACCCUGGCUUCUGCCAUGGCUGAGCUAGCAGAGAAGAGAGCCAAGCUGAAGGAGGUUGAGGACCGUUUGGCUGACCUGAAAAGAACGUCUGAGGAAAAGACAGCAGAGAAAGCCAAACUGGAAGCUCAAAGAGAUUUGUGUCAAAGAAAGUUGGAGCGAGCUGAGAAACUCAUUGGUGGUCUCGGUGGAGAGAAAACUCGAUGGUCCAAAGCUGCUGAUGAUCUACAAAACACAUAUGACAACCUGACUGGAGAUGUCCUUAUCUCUGCUGGUGUUAUGGCCUAUCUGGGCGCUUUUACGGCCAGCUUUAGACAGGACUGCACCAGCCAGUGGAUCAAGCUAUGUCAAACUAGGAACAUUCCAUCAUCAGAUGACUUCUCUCUCAGUAAGACCCUGGGAGAUCCUAUUAAGAUUAGGGCGUGGAACAUUGCUGGCCUCCCAACUGACUCCUUCUCUAUAGACAAUGGCGUCAUUACCAGUCAUUCACGUCGAUGGCCCCUGAUGAUUGACCCUCAGGGUCAGGCCAACAAAUGGGUGAAGAAUUCAGAGAAACAGAACAAUUUAAAUAUUAUCAAAUUAACAGAUGAUGACUACAUGAGAACUUUGGAAAACUGUAUUCAGUUUGGAAGCCCUUUGCUGCUAGAAAAUGUACUAGAGGAGUUGGACCCAUCACUGGAACCUCUACUCCUCAAGCAAACCUUCAAACAAGGUGGAGUGGAAUGCAUCAAACUGGGGGACAGCGUGAUCGAGUACUCCCCCGAUUUCCGCUUCUACGUCACCACCAAGCUGAGGAACCCUCAUUAUCUACCUGAACUGGCCACCAAGGUGUCUCUGCUCAAUUUUAUGAUCACCCCAGAGGGCUUAGAGGACCAACUGCUGGGAAUUGUGGUUGCCAAGGAAAGGCCCGAGUUGGAAGAGGAGAGAAAUGCACUAAUUCUGCAGUCAGCUGAAAAUAACAGGCAACUCAAGGAAACGGAGGACAAGAUCCUUGAGACACUCGCGACCUCAGAGGGAAAUAUUCUGGAAGAUGAGAGUGCUAUUCAGAUUCUAGACUCAGCAAAGAUAAUGUCCAAUGAGAUUUCAAAGAAACAAAAGAUUGCAGAGGAGACUGAGAUCAAGAUAGCAGAGUCGAGAGAGUGUUACAGAGCCAUUGCCAAGCACUCCUCCGUCUUGUUCUUCACGAUUGCUGACCUGACCAACAUCGACCCAAUGUAUCAAUACUCUCUCAGUUGGUUUGUCAACCUCUAUACAAACUCCAUCCAAGAUAGUAAAAAGUCCAAGAUCCUGGAAAAGAGGGUCAUGUACCUGAUAGAUUACUUCACUUAUAACUUGUUCUGCAACGUGUGUCGGUCACUGUUUGAGAAGGAUAAACUUCUCUUCUCCUUUCUCCUGUGCUGCAAUCUACUUCUGGCAAAAGAGGAGAUUGAGUACAAUGACUUAAUCUUUUUGAUGACUGGAGGCGUGGGUCUGCACAACACCAUUGCUAAUCCCGAUCCAAGCUGGUUGCAGGACAAGAGCUGGGAUGAGAUUUGCAGAGCAAAUGAGCUUCCUGGUUUAAAAGGAAUAAAAGACGCUUUCAUUGGGGAUCCAGAACUUUUCAAGCCUAUUUUUGACAGCAAAGAGCCGAGCAACACCCCUGUGCCCUCACCUUGGUGUGAUCAACUCAAUGAACUGCAGAAGAUGAUCAUCAUCCGCUGUCUCAGGCCUGAUAAGAUUGUGCCGGCCGUAAACAAAUAUGUCAUAAGUAAAUUGGGGAAAAAUUUUGUUCAGCCCCCGCCCUUUGACUUAAGUAAGAGCUACCUGGACUCCAACUCCACCAUCCCACUGGUGUUUGUGCUUUCUCCUGGUGCUGACCCCAUGGCUAGCUUACUGAAGUUUGCAGGUGACAAGGACAUGGGUGGUAGCAAGUUCCAGUCUAUUUCUCUGGGACAGGGCCAAGGACCCAUUGCUUCCAAAAUGAUAUCCACGGCCAUGCAGGAUGGGACAUGGGUGUGUUUGCAGAAUUGUCACCUGGCAGUUUCCUGGAUGUCCACCCUGGAGAAGAUCUGUGAGGAGUUUAGUCCCGCAAUAUGCCACCAAGACUUCCGACUUUGGCUCACAAGCUACCCUUCGCCCAAGUUUCCAGUGACCCUAUUGCAGAAUGGGGUGAAAAUGACAAAUGAACCCCCAACAGGACUUCGACUAAACAUACUGCAGUCGUACAUGUCAGAUCCUGUUUGUGACCAAAACUUCUUCAAUAACUGUCCUAAUAAAGAACUGAUUUGGGAAAAGCUCCUGUAUGGCCUGUGCUUCUUCCAUGCGCUUGUUCAGGAGAGGAGGAAGUUUGGUCCACUGGGCUGGAAUAUUCCUUAUGGCUUCAAUGAAACUGACCUUCACAUUAGUAUCAGACAGCUCCAGUUGUUUAUCAACGAAUAUGAUGAGGUGCCCUUCGAGGCCAUAACUUAUCUGACCGGAGAGUGCAACUAUGGAGGCCGCGUGACAGACAACUGGGAUCGGCGCCUCCUGAACACCAUGUUAGCUGACUUCUACAACAAGGAUGUUGUGGAGAAACCUUCUUAUCCUUUCUCACCGAGUGGUGAUUAUGUUGCACCUCCCAAAUCGGCCUAUGGAGACUAUCUCCGAUUUAUCAAGGAGCUUCCAGUCAGCCAGCACCCAGAAAUAUUUGGGAUGAAUGAAAAUGUGGACAUUUCUAAGGACCUGCAGCAGACCAAGCUCCUGUUUGAUUCAUUGCUGCUCACCCAGGGAGGCGGCUCUAAGGGAGGGGGUAGCUCUGGGAGUGACAACACGCUGUAUGACAUAGCAAAUGAUAUCCUCUCUAAGAUUCCAAGUAAUUUUGACAUUGAAGCAGCUCUCAUGAAGUACCCAGUUCUCUACAAGGAGAGUAUGAACACUGUGCUUGUCCAAGAAAUGGAGCGCUACAACACGCUGUGUACCACCAUCCGUGUCAGUCUUCAGAACUUGCUGAAGGCCCUCAAGGGUUUAGUGGUGAUGGAUGCAGAGCUGGAGGGAAUUGCAGGGAGUUUAAUAGUGGGCAAGGUCCCAGAGAAAUGGGCCAAACGCUCGUACCCGAGCCUCAAGCCCGUGGGGAGCUACAUCACUGACUUUCUGUCAAGGCUCAAAUUUUUGCAGGAUUGGUACGACUCUGGUAAGCCCAGUGUGUUCUGGCUGUCAGGCUUCUUCUUCACCCAGGCCUUCCUAACGGGGGCUACACAGAACUAUGCCAGAAAAUAUAACAUUCCAAUUGACCUGCUUGGCUUUGACUUUGAGGUUCUUCCCAUUGAUGAGUCAGAAUCGCCUCCUGAAGAUGGUGUCUACAUUAAUGGAUUGUUUCUUGAUGGAGCCCGAUGGGACAAACAAAGUGGAGUUUUAGUUGAGCAGUAUCCCAAAAUUCUAUUUGUUUCGAUGCCCAUUAUCUGGAUAAAACCCACUAAAGACAUCCCAGAUGAGUCUGACAGCCGGUAUGUUAGUCCUCUUUAUAAGACCAGCGAAAGGAGGGGAACCCUCUCCACGACAGGACAUUCCACCAAUUUUGUCAUUCCUAUGAUGCUGCCCACCACCAAACGCGCUCAACACUGGAUCAAGCGUGGUGUGGCACUACUCUGUCAGCUUGAUGAUUGACAUCAUCACUGGUCAAUAAUUAUG